CGGUCAUUUUAUUUGUGUUUUGUUUAGCCCUCUGAGUAACUGCCCGCGUAUUUCCAUUGUUUCAUUCCUGGUCUUCAUCUGCCAGAAGAAGUGCUUCCCACAUUUAUUUUCAGGUCUUAAGAGUGGCAAAUAGGAUAGGACUUUAAAUAAAUUCAACAGUAGCACCAGGUGGAGCUUGGUAUUAGGACACCUGGAGGGUGGGGGAAAGGAGGAGAUAGAAAAGCAUAAAACAUGCAUGAUUACUAAAUAUAAUCAAUACCAUCUUCAUAAAUGUCUGCUUGUCCCAAGCUUGAAUAGUAGGUGUUAAAGAGGGCUAUAAACUGUGAUUGCAAGUGACUUAACAGUGACCAGUUAAUCUUGUUAACUCUAAGUAGUCUCCAUGUAGAGCAUGCUUGAAAACAUGCUGGAUUUGCUGUAUGCUCUGAAAGUCUUCCAUCUUGUAAAGUGUUUUUCCACAAAUUCUUUCAGGAAAGCCCAAGGUGUAUCAAGGUGUUAGAGUAAAGAUUACAGUUAAGGAGUUACUGCAGCAGAGAAGAGCACGACAAGCAGCAACCAGUGCAGCAGUAAGUAAAAAUCCUUUGGUAUCUGCUUUGUCUCUUCUCUCUCAGUCUUUUUUGCCAAGACUGUAAUCUCUGGGCCAAUGAGGCUGCCAAAGUCUGAGUGUAGCAGGCUGGUCAGGGUGGGGGAGAAGGACGUUUAACCAGGGUAACUGCAGCAGUGAUCUAAACAGGUGAUGGUCUGAGCCAUUAGUGCAGGGAGAAAGCAGAGCUGGUGCUCCAGAAGUGUAACUCACUGUGCAAUGGAAGGCCAACAUGGACAAAUUUCAGUCCAUCUCACAGUUAUCACAGCAGCAAUAGUAUCAUUAUGCUGGAUGAGCAAGGCAGGCUAUGGUCACUGCUCCCGGUUUAAAAUAUGGCCUGGCCAGGUUGAAGCAUGCACCCAGCUGUUUUGCAGCAUCAGGUGAAGCAUAUGCCCAGGACACACCUUCAACCUGACCUGGGCAGCUCUGAGGAGCAACCAGUGCAAAGCUCUGUCACGCUGAAGCUCCCCUGACCUCGCCCCUUUUCCACAGGUCUCAGCCCUGCAGGAAGCUGGUUUCAACCACCCCCUACCCCUGAAGACUUUUUGUCCAGUUAGAUCAGGCAGGAAAUGAAGGCACCAGAGCCUUUGCAGGAGUCCUCUAGCUCCAGACACUCAAGGGAUUUGCAUAAAGAGGUUUCUUGGGGCAGCAGCAGCAUCCAGUUUUCAGAGUCUGUGUCUCCUCCUCACCCAGCACCUUUUGAUGCAGAACCCAUCUCUUCUGUUCCCACCUAUUGUCCAUCAUGGCAGUUUUCAAAUUGCAUCUCCUGUGAAGAAAGCCCUAGCUAUUUGGAGCAGCUGGUAGAUUCCUGUCUUCAGACAGAUGCGUCCUUAGACCCAGCCUUCAGUGCUUUUCAGACAUCCUCACACCAUGCCUCAGACACCUUCCAGCCAGUCCCGCUCUGCUUUAACCAGGGCCUGCCUGCCGGAUCCCCCAGUUCAGCUGAUCUGUCCAGCCCGUUAAACUAUAGCUGCUCUCCUCCUCAGCUGCCUUCUUUCACCCCACUGACCCACAGCCCACCCUCUGCUCUGGACACCAAGACCUAUGGCUACCCUGCGGAGGAGUGGUCCUGCCAUACUCCCUCCCCAUACACCACCUCUGCCUGCUGCUGCACAGCCUGUGGCUCCCAGCGUGUGGACAACAGGGUCCCGCAGUACUUCCCCUGUCCCAGCACAGACUGCAUGGACUACUUACCACCCAUGGCCAUGGCUGAUGACUUCUUCAGAAGGGAUAGGAGCUGUGACAUCUGCUAUAGCUAAUGGGGACUGUGGUUUUACACAUCCACUGUAUCCAAAUCAGAUUAAUUGCCCAUGAACUAUGCAAAGUUGCGCUGCCUAACAGUCCAGUUUAUUCUUCACUACUCACACAUUUUCUACAUGAUGCUGUCACUACAUUAGUCCUGUCUUGUAUGGUCAGGGGUGUUUUGUUGUUGUCAUGGUGGUUUGCUUUGGGUUUUUUUUUUUUUACUGUUUUUGUUUUUUUAAAGGAAUUCUAAGCUGCCUUACUAAACACAUGUAAUUAAGCCAGCUCUUUUUGAUACAAAUAAAUAAUUUGGUACACAUGCUGAAGCCUGUUCAUUCCUCAUAUGCUAAAUGUCAGUGCUUUUCUCUUCUGCUAAUGAUCCAGGGUCCUGGCCCUGUUCCCAAAAAGGUGAGGGAGAACAACUCUCAGCAACCUACAUGAGGAGCGAUUGAUUACUCAGUAGCGUGAAGGGUCUUGCUUACCCUUUCCAGCAGAUAAAAAGUCUAUACGUAUCUCAGCACACUAUCCACAGAGAAAGCUGUGAAGCACCCUGCUCCGAGACGGAUCCUCAGCUUCCUAGCCA